CGUCGAGUCGCGUCGCGUCCAAAUGCAGCGUACGACUGCGUGCGCGCCCCCGCUGCACAGCGACAAGAUGGCGGCAGGCGCCGGAUCAGGCGUGAAGGUUCCCCGUAACUUCCGUCUGCUUGAAGAGCUAGAGGAAGGGCAGAAGGGCGUGGGAGAUGGGACAGUGAGCUGGGGUUUGGAGGACGAUGAGGACAUGACCCUCACCCGCUGGAGGGGGAUGAUCAUUGGCCCACCUCGGACAAUUUAUGAGAACAGGAUGUACAGCUUGAAGGUGGAAUGUGGGCCCAGGUAUCCUGAGACCCCUCCCUUUGUUAGAUUUGUGACCAAGAUCAACUUGAAUGGAGUGCACACCUCAAAUGGGGUGGUGGACACACGGGCAGUGUCGGCCCUGGCCAAGUGGCAGAACUCGUACAGCAUCCGUGUGGUCCUCCAGGAGUUGCGGCGGCUCAUGACUUGCAAAGAAAAUAUGAAGCUGCCACAGCCGCCCGAGGGUCAGGUCUACAGCAACUGACCCUCCCUUGGCUUCUCUUUGACCCGCUCUCUGCUUCUCUUUGGGUUUCAUCUGCUUCUCCAUCCAUCCAUCUUUCCUUACUUCUUUUCCUGCUUCCCUCUGUUCCACACACAGGCAACAAGCAGCAGUGCCCCCCACCCGAGCUGACCCCUUCCAUCAGAGACUCUGAAAUUCAUUCCCAUGCUCUCCCCUCUACUACUCAUUUCCCAGUAGCUGAACCCCCACCCUUCCACAACCCCCUCCACUGGACUGACCAGAUACUUAUAGAUGGACUACGCAGGCCAGAAAAUACCAUUGUGAUACUGUACAUCUUACUAAUCUUUUUUUAUUACUUGUUAUAAAUGCAGACUGUAAAAUAACAUAAAUGAUCUUAUUGAGUGUACCCACGUGUGCUGUAUUUUUCAUUCACAGAGUGCUGUGAACACAUUCAUAUGAAAUCUGAAUUUACAAGCUAUGGCUGGUUUGGUCAAGCAGUUAAAGAUGCAGCAAUGGCACGGAUAAUACAUUUCUGUGACAUAUGAUGAGCAUGUCAUAACGUACAUAUUUGUUUUACAUACCAUUUAGUCCAGUUUUUGGUUUUAUGCGACUGUUUUUUGGUCUACCUCCCAGCUUUAAUAUAUGGAGAACACUGGUUCUUCUGACCUGUUGCUGUAUACUUUUCAAAUCGCUAACUGGGAAUCUUGUUUUCCAAAAUGAUGAUAAUUCAGUAGGAUUUUAAUGAACUUCUGUGCCCAUAAUGCUACAGUUAUUCUGGGAAUCUGGUCAUCAAUAAUAUGAAUGUUUAUUGGUUUCAUGGCCAUGUUUUGCUCUCCUGUGUGUUUUAGAAGGAAGCACUGUGUGUUUUAGUGUCCUUCUUGUGCUGGUUUAUUUAAAUCCAUUCUUGUGUUUCUAACAUCCUGCAAAUGAAAGGGGGUUUUUGGUGUAAUGGAACAGUCUUUAUUCCUCUUGAGUGGAUAUUAAAUUGUAAAAUGU